GAAUCUGAUACCUUUACAUCUUUUUUUGUUUGUAUCAAUCUGCAAAUUAGUUCACUGAACAUGGAAGGUAAAUCCAAAAUUGUUCACCCUUCACUCACUAUAUAAACUUGAAUAUGUAGCCUCUUAUUUUCACAUCAAUUCAGUUUUCAAGUUGUUUAAGAAACAACAUUACCUCUUCAAGGAAAUCGAUGGCAUUGACUUUACCUUUGGGCGAAGCAUCGGAUCAGGAUAAGUGGGACAAUGGAGGACUAGAACGCAAGCGACAACUACUUAUUGAAAUUGUUCUAAGGAGCAGGUUGACAGCUCUUAUGGUUGAUGGUGACACAACGUGUUGGGUUCUGAAGCAAGAACUUCUUCGUUCUUAUGGGGUUCAAACUUUAGGUGUCGACAACGGCAGGGAUGCAAUCGACCUCAUUGCAUCGGAUGCAGCAUUCAAUCUCAUCAUCAUUGAAAAGAUUCUUCCUGUCCUGAAUGGCCUUGAGGUAACAAGGCAGAUUUGUGAAAUAGGGAUGCGUUGUAAGAUGUUGGCGGUCACAGCUUAUUCGGGAGAAAGUGAAAGGCAGGCAUUUCUGGCAACUAGUGUUGAUGUGUUCAUUGAGAAACCUUUGGAUCUUGAGCAUCUGGUUCCCAUCCUAAGGGAACUCGAUAGGCAGUGAGUGAAGACCCAUUUUGGAACACAAAACUGAGGAGUUUCCUGUUGUAGUUGUUGCUGGUUUCCAGCUUUGAUGUUUCUUUCUCGUUGUUUUUCAUGUUAUUAGCUUUGAACAAUAAUGAUAUUUAUUAAUAGGCUUUAGCUUGUUUGUCGAGUCUGGUCCUUUGGUAACGUACUGGUAAUGCCAUGAAUAAGAUUGUCCUCUUUUAUUAGAGCCUUUCUUUUUAGCCCAAA